AUGGCUCCUACAAGGAAAGUUCUUGGGCGGGGUAUCCUGCGUAGUGUGCUUAUGGCGGGGUGUUGCACUACGCGUAGGAGCGAAGGCAUAUUUCCCCUCUGUAGAGGAUUCCACAGUGGAAACAAGAAUGUGAAGCAGGGCAAAUCAAAUAACGCAGUCAAUACGAACAGCGCUACCAAUCCAAACAGUGCGGUGAAGGCACCUAGUGCAACUACCCUGGAAGAUAUUAAGAUCUCGAAAGAAGUGUGCAGCAACGCGCUUUUCGAUGAAUGCCUAGAAGAAAUUUACAGGAAGAAAAAAGAGGUGGACAAGAAGAGCGUUGAAUAUCAUGUGUCCCCAGUGAUUGAAGAACUGAGCAGAGAAGAAAUAAAAUUGACUAGAGAUAUUUUUAAAAGAAUUGAUGAAAAAAAUAAGAACAUAUCCCAUUUGAAUUAUAAGGAUAUUUAUAUAGAUCCCUAUUGGAAUCCUUUCAAAGAAGUUACCGACAUGAGGAGAGAAAUCGUUUUUGAAUUUAGUGAAUACACCAAAGUCGCUACCAUGGUGGAAGUGAAGAAGCAAAGGCGCUCUAUUAAGAGGUCACUUAAGGAACAGUACAGAUUGUAUAAUCCAUACUCAGGUGAAUAUAGUGCCCAUAUCGGAUUGGACAAAGAGUCCAGUGCUGGGGAAUCAAUCGUCUGUAAUGACAAAAGUGAAAAGUAUUGGAACCCAAGUAUUGAUAGAAAAAAAAUACUUACAUUUAAAAGCCCCUUCAUAUGGAGACACACUCAUUUGCUACACCACUUCAUUGGAGAAAAUGGUCUCAUCUUACCACGUAAAAUAAAUUUCACCACCAGAAAGCAGCAAAUUCAAAUAUUUAAAGCUAUUUGUGUAGCCCGUAGAAUGGCCCUGUACCCCUAUGAUAGGAAGCCGGAGAAAGACGAUCUCAUCCCCUUGAUGGAUCCUCUGCAGAUGUUGGCCGAUGAAUUGAUUCAUCGCUAUGUCGAAAAGAACGACUUGCGAGCUCAGGCCAUGCUCAAGGUAAUGAUCAACAAAUACCCCUCCCUAAACUAUUACAAGUACUUCUGUCACGAGUCGAGGGAAAAACAGCGGAGAAAAACGCAAUCGGGGGAAGCUGAAACUGGAGAAGCAGAAACUGGAGAAGUAGAAACUGAAGAAGCAGAAACUGGAGAAGCAAAACAGAGGGACGCCCACAUCUCGAAGAUGCUGCGCAGGUAUAAGCAGAACUACUAUGAAGAGGCCAUGUCUCCACCAGGGCACGCGAAACAGUAA